CAUUCAAAAUCUAUAUAAAAACGUUGAUUUAUUAAAGUUCCAUUAGUUCCGUAAUUGAGUUUCUUUCAAUAUUGUUCUUUUCUACAGAAAUAACUUUAAAAAACAAAAACAAUGAGGUUUAAUAUUACAUUACUUAUCUUCGGCUUGUGCAGUAUCCUCAGUGUUAUUGGUGUGGCAUCGGGAUCUAAGAAAAAUAAGAUCGACAAAGUGAAUUCUGAAAUAUUUUCUUAUGUUUACCAAAAAAUUGGAAGUAUACGCUUGAUGAGAGGAGGAAAUGUCGAGUGUUACAAUGAAUUCAUCCCCUUAAUUAAUAAUUUAGCCACCAAGGCCAGAGAUAACUCAAAAAUUUGCGUGAAUAAUGCUAGCGAGGAAAAAGAUAAGGAAUUAAUCGCUACUAAUAGCCGCCGUGCUGAAGUGGAAAUUGAAGUUGCAAAAAUUACAAAAUACUAUGCCGACUGUUCGGUACAUAAUGUGGGACUUGACUAUUUCAACUGUCUAUCCGGAAAUGCUGAUUAUAGUAUAAGAAAUAUGGAAAAUACAACUGCUAAAGUAAGGGAAAUUCUCAGGGAUUAUUAUGAGCAUAUUGAUGAAAUCGAACAGGCCGAAAAAAAUUGUCUCAAUGGUUCUGUUGAAAAAGCUAAAUCUGAUACGGACAAGGCCUUUGAUGAUUUAAAGAUAUGUCUGAUUUCAACUUAAGAUUGAAGAAGGAAAAGAAACUUUUUUUGUAAUUUACAUGAAUAGUAAUUUUUACUUAUAUUAUAAA